AUGACAGAGGAGCAUGUAAAUGUGAACGAACUUUCAUCAUUGCCUCAACAGAUUGCCACUGCGCAUGUUCCAAAGCUGGCUCGCAAAAGAAGAAGAGAUUCGUCUUCACCUCGUAGAAAGUACACCCGGUACAGCUUUCCCCCGGGAACGACAUUUCAAGAGAAACGAAGGGCUUGGAAUAAGACUUACGAAGAGUCUAAGCCACUGGAAUAUAGACUGAGAAGGGCUGAAAGGCAAAGAAAAAAGUAUCACGAUGGUGGCGUCAAAUUGAAAAAAGCGAAAGCAGAACUGCAGCGAAAGUACUACCAUAACGUAGGAGAAGAAAAAAAGAAACUCUUGAAAGAGGAAUGGAAGGAAAAAUAUAGGAACAAGUGGAACAAAAUGACAGAGGAAGAACGUAAAGAGCUCAGAGAGAAGAACACGUUAAGCAAACGUAUCAAUCGUAAAAAACGCAAGUUGAUUGGGCAAUCAAAGCAAAGUGUCAACCAAUCAUCAAUGAAAUCUAUACAUCUCUUGCUCACGCUAUUUGAACUAGUCUUGAUGACGGGUGGCGUCUCUGCAACUUCGGGAAAAGCACUAAUCGAUUUGAAUGUGACACCUCCAGCUUCACCUCAAGGGGAAGCGGGCGAUUCUAGUGCAACCAGCAGCAAUCAAGGUAGCCCUGACGAGACUGAUCAUCGCGAAAACACGCCUCAAGCACGGAUCGACUAUCACCAAGGUAGAAUUGAAUAUCAUCAAGGCAGAGUUGAAUAUCACCAAAACAAAAUGUCUAGAGUUGAGUCGAAAAUGCGCUAUAAGGCGGGAGAUGUUCAAUUUAAAAAAGUUGGAAAAGAUGAUAAAAGGACCAAAUACUCUUUUCCUCCUGGCACCACCUAUAGGGAAAAGAAGAGAGUAUGGAGAAGGGAGCAGCUGAAAAGAGAUCGUCAAAACCCUGAAAAAAGGAAACAAAUUGCAACGUACCAUCGAAAUAGAAGUAAAAAUUUAACCGAAGCGGAAAAACAAAAUAGGAGAGAACAGCAAAGGAAGUGGUAUCACAGUCUUAGCUUAGAGGAAAAGCAAAGAAAGAUCAGUAAAGUAGCUGCAUCAAACAAGAGGAGAAGAGAAAAUUUACCCGAAUCAGGGUCCAGAGGAACACAACAAAGAUAAAUGCAAUUCUGAACGCAUCCUUGUCAGCACCUCAUGCAUUCACGCUCUGUCG